AUGGACGCAGAGGAGACGCAGGCCGAGGAUAGUCAAUUGACUGGGGGCGAGCGCGAUAGGUGGGCGAGGGCGAAGAACGCUUUCACUAUGCUGAAGGCGAAGAUCAUUGCAACACCGGUCCUGAAGCACUUCGACCCGGAACGUACUCCAGUUGUUGUGCUCUACGCGAGCAAGUGGGCCAUAUCUGCAGCAUUGAUGCAGGAGCACGAAGGUGUGUACCAUCCGGUGACUCUCACUAGUCGCACGUUGAAGGCAAACGAGCUCAACUAUGGAGUGGUGGACAAGGAGGUAUUGCCGCUUUUGCGAAUCUUGGACGUCUGUUACUCGCAGCUGGUUACCAGAUGGAUCAAGGUCUUGUCACGAUUCUCGGCAUUGGCCUGUUUGCUCAAGUCGAACGGGUUCGACGGCCGACUGGGUAGGUGGGCAGCGCUGCUAUCAGGGUGGACGUUGGAAGUCACCAAAUGUGUGAAGGGUGAAGACGAAAUCCUUGGAACAAUCGCAGCUAGCAUCACUCCCCGAGCUGAUGUCGACGAAGCCCUAGUCGCGAUAGCACCCAAGAAACAGCCACGGAAAAUGAUCACCAUGCCUUCACCAACGAUCGAACCAGAAGAGAACCUCUGGGUGGUGAGUUUCGACGGGUCUACGCGGGUGAAACGCAGCGGCGAUGCGUAUAGUGCAGUCGUGUGGAAACUCCCGGAGUGGACGGUGGUGGAAGCCAUGUCGGAGUACAUGCCGGACUUGACAGUGAACGAGGCGGAAUAUCGUGGACUGAUUUUUGGUUUUGAUUUGCUCUCGACCUUGGCCAGGGGGCGCGUCGUAAUUUGUGGAGACUUGAACUUGGUUAUUCGUCAGAUGCAGGGUGAGAUGGACUGCAAAGCACCAGGACUGCAACGGCUCCGACAGAAGGCGUUGAACCGGCUACGGUCGUGGCCGAAGCACGAGUUCCUUCACGUGCAGCGUGAAUGGAAUCGGAGUGCGGACAAGUUGGCAAGUGCUUCACUGCAACGAGAAGAAGGCGAAAUAGUCACCUCAGAAGACGAUCGCCAGGACUUGAUCACCCUCAACCGACUGACGUAA